UCAUUUUAGAGAACCUGAAUUUUUUUUUUUUAAAGGAAGGUGUCAACUUUGGCUUUUGAGUGUUUGGCAUGGGUACAAUGCCUUAAAAAAACAGAUGAGCAGCUUAGCUACUAACCAUGCUGACCACUGUUUGGAACGGGAUUGAAUCACAGAAAAACAGCAAAUGGCUCUCUCUUACAGAGUGUCUGAACUUCAAAGCACAAUUCCUGAGCACAUUUUGCAGAGCACCUUUGUUCACGUUAUCUCUUCUAACUGGUCUGGAUUACAGACAGAAUCAAUACCAGAGGAAAUGAAACAGAUUGUUGAGGAACAGGGAAAUAAACUGCACUGGGCAGCUCUUCUGAUACUCAUGGUGAUAAUACCCACAAUUGGUGGAAAUACCCUUGUUAUUCUGGCUGUCUCGCUGGAGAAAAAGCUGCAGUAUGCUACUAAUUACUUUCUCAUGUCCUUGGCGGUGGCUGAUUUGCUGGUUGGAUUGUUUGUGAUGCCAAUUGCCCUCUUGACAAUAAUGUUUGAGGCUAUGUGGCCCCUCCCACUUGUUCUAUGUCCUGCCUGGUUAUUUCUUGACGUUCUCUUUUCAACCGCAUCCAUCAUGCAUCUCUGUGCGAUUUCAGUGGAUCGUUACAUAGCCAUCAAAAAGCCAAUCCAGGCCAAUCAAUAUAACUCACGGGCUACGGCAUUCAUCAAGAUUACAGUGGUGUGGUUAAUUUCAAUAGGCAUUGCCAUUCCAGUCCCUAUUAAAGGGAUAGAGACUGAUGUGGACAACCCAAACAAUAUCACUUGUGUGCUGACAAAGGAACGUUUUGGCAAUUUCAUGCUCUUUGGCUCACUGGCUGCCUUCUUCACACCUCUUGCAAUUAUGAUUGUCACCUACUUUCUCACUAUCCACGCUUUACAGAAGAAGGCUUACUUGGUCAAAAACAAGCCACCUCAACGCCUAACAUGGUUGACUGUGUCUACAGUUUUCCAAAGGGAUGAAACACCUUGCUCGUCACCGGAAAAGGUGGCAAUGCUGGAUGGUUCUCGAAAGGACAAGGCUCUGCCCAACUCAGGUGAUGAAACACUUAUGCGAAGAACAUCCACAAUUGGGAAAAAGUCAGUGCAGACCAUUUCCAACGAACAGAGAGCCUCAAAGGUCCUAGGGAUUGUGUUUUUCCUCUUUUUGCUUAUGUGGUGUCCCUUCUUUAUUACAAAUAUAACUUUAGUUUUAUGUGAUUCCUGUAACCAAACUACUCUCCAAAUGCUCCUGGAGAUAUUUGUGUGGAUAGGCUAUGUUUCCUCAGGAGUGAAUCCUUUGGUCUACACCCUCUUCAAUAAGACAUUUCGGGAUGCAUUUGGCCGAUAUAUCACCUGCAAUUACCGGGCCACAAAGUCAGUAAAAACUCUCAGAAAACGCUCCAGUAAGAUCUACUUCCGGAAUCCAAUGGCAGAGAACUCUAAGUUUUUCAAGAAACAUGGAAUUCGAAAUGGGAUUAAUCCUGCCAUGUACCAGAGUCCAAUGAGGCUCCGAAGUUCAACCAUUCAGUCUUCAUCAAUCAUUCUACUAGAUACACUUCUCCUCACUGAAAAUGAAGGUGACAAAACUGAAGAGCAAGUUAGUUAUGUAUAGCAGAACUGGCAGUUGUCAUCAAACAUAAUGAUGAGUAAGAUGAUGAAUGAGAUGUAAAUGUGCCAAGAAUAUAUUAUAUAAAGAAUUUUAUGUCAUAUAUCAAAUCAUCUCUUUAACCUAAGAGUUAAGUAUUAAGAAUACCUAAUUUUCCUAAUUUGGACAAGAUUAUUCCAUGAGGAAAAUAAUUUUGUAUAGCUACAAAUGAAAACAAUCCAGCACUCUGGUUAAAUGUUAAGGUAUUCGAAUGAAAUAAAGUCAAAUCAAUAAAUUUCAGGCUUUAAAAAGAACCACCGUCAUCAUAAAAUUUAUUUGGUUCCUAAUUAUAUGCAAAGGUGUGCUAAGAAUGAAAUAAAACAAAACAAACAUUAGCCUUGCCUUCCAGGUCUUAAAAGCAUAAGACAUGAUACAGAACAAAAGGAACACAGAGCUAAAAAUAAGUGCACAAAACAGUGAUCACAUCUGGAGGUGAGUUAAGAUUGCCAUUUAUAGUCUGAUUUAGUUGAAUGCAGUCAUAAUUUUCCUUUGAUCAGGAAACUGUUUUGAUGGAAGGGAUAGGGAGGAUAGUAGCUGGAUAUCAUACAAAAUAACAGGAACUUGGAACUAGACCUGUUUGUUAAAUGACUGAUAUUGAGCUUCUACUCAGCACAGGUAGGUCUAUUGGAGAAGGAGGAAAAAGCAAAUAAAAUCGCUCUUGGGUACCUGAAUCACACUAGGUUUCUUAGAGAUAUUAAUUAACGUGCACAAGCAUGGGACCUUAAUCAGGGAUACAAACUUUAAGUGAGAUCAUGCCUGCCUAUCUAUGCUUGUCCAGUGACUCAAGUGAACUUCCAGCACAAAAUUUUUAUUCAUCCUUUCAGUAUAUUAUUUUGCACUGUUAGAUCUCAGAAUGAGUCCAACCUGUGCCACUUACCAGACAGCUGAUUAAAUUUGGAAAAAUACUUAAUUUCUUCAAGCCCCAGUAUUCUCAUCUACAUUUUACACAAUUCUUAUGAGGAUGAGUACACAGAAGGCACUAAGUAAAUGGUAGACAAUUCAAUCUACUUUUGAUAUAUAUUUUAAUGCCCCUGUUAAUAAGUGCAAAUUUAGGCUAAGGGGGUCUGCAGUGAAGACAACUCAUACCUUAGUUUUUCCUUUUCAGGUUCACUCAUAUUUGUCCCUCAACCUAUGACUCUAUUGCUGUCCUUCUGCAGGCAACUCAGUUUAGGAUAAUUGCCUCAAGAAAUGUAUUGGCUACGGAGAAUCUCAGUGUAUAAGGGAACAAGGCAUAUAUUUUCACAGUGGCAGAAUCCUUUGCUAGAAUGCAGCUCUAAUACAUAAAUCCUGAUCUGUUACGAUUCCUUACUGGCUAUAUAUAAUCUGCUGGGAAGAGUAUAUCAUACACAUUUAAUUCCUAAAUCAUCAAAGCUUUAGGCAUGUUUCCCUACUACUAGUCUAAGAUUUUUCAGCAGCAUUAGGGAUGGUUAUCUCACAUAAGAGGCAAAAUAAUUUAUAUUCCUUAAAAAAAAAAUCAUUCUCUAUUUUGGUUUUUGGUUCUGGUCUGUAAUAUGAUGGAUUUGGCAUAUGUUAAGAUUUAUAUUCUUGCCAAGGUAUGUUGAGAUUAAGUUUUCAGUUAUCACUAUGACAGUAUUCCAAAUUCUGUAUUUUAUGCAUCUGAAGGCAUACAUAAUUGUUUCAGGAAAUCUAUACACCAGAGUUGGCAGGCAAUUACAUUGCCAAAGCUCUACCCAUAGACAACAAUCUAGAUCAAAAGAACUAUCUUCUCACAUGCUUUGUACUGCCUCCAAAUUUGUGUGCUUAAAUAUACGCACACCUACAGAAUCAGCCACAACACCUAUAAACUGUUUCAUGUCAAACCCUUAAGAAAAAUUUCCUUGCUUACAAUUUUUUUUUUCUUUUCUGAGACAGAUUCUCACUCUGUUACCCAGGCUGGAGUGCAGUGGCGAAAUCUUGGCUCACUGCAACCUCUGCCUCCUGGCUUCAAGUGAUUCUCGUGCCUCAGCCUCCCGAGUAGCUGGCAUUACAGGUGCCCACCCCCACACCUGGCUAACUUUUGUAUUUUUAGUACAGACGGGGUUUCGCCGUGUUGGUCAGCCUGGUCUCCACUCCUGGCCCCAAGCUAUCUGCCUGCCUUGGCCUCCCAAAGUGCUGGGAUUACAGGUGUGAGUCACCAUGUCUAGCUCUUGCUUACAAUUAACCCAGAGAUCUUUCUAUAGUUAAUGAGAGACCUUUCUACUAUUUCCAGAAUAUUCUAGAAAGUGAAACAUAACUCCACUAUUGACUAUUUCUGAAAAGUACAACAAAGCCACAAACUCUUACCACUUUGAUGCAGAACCGGUAUUUCCAUUUUAUGAAUACUUUAAAGAGAUGUAUAAUUUGAAAGCAAAUCUCAGCAGUUAAACACCCUUAUGUAACAAAAGAACUCCAGUUAAUAGUCUUAUCUUAGAAGAAAAGGAACAGAUUAUAACUUUAGAAGAAAAGGAACAGAUUAUAACUAUUUAGAAUAAUUUUGAAAAAAAAAAAGCUUUUCAUUACAUGUUACUGCCAAUUAAUGGAGAGAAGAAAACAAAGAUGUAGAAAAAAAAUGAAAAUGACAAAAAGUAAGGAAAAGUCACAGCACCCAGACAGAAACACAAAGAUACUGGGGCAAAAACAGAGAACAGUAUACAGAGAAUGUGUAUCAAAUUGAUACAGAAUUGUGAAUGGAGAUGUUGUAAAGAUGAUCACGAAUUUAGUGGUAACUGGUUCACUGUGAGGGUUUCUUCAAAUUAUAAGGAUCAAUGAUGAUGUAACAUUUUUAUAUUCAAGGAGUCACUUU